AUGAUGACAGUGAGUUCUGGCUGCGAAGAUAGGAUGAAGGUGGCAAAUGAUAACGGCAAAUAUGUGCGCUAUACACCAGAACAAGUGGAAGCUCUUGAGAGAGUUUAUCAUGAAUGUCCCAAACCCAGUUCCAUGAAACGUCAACAAAUAAUCAGAGAGUUCCCCAUUCUCUCUAAUAUCGAACCUCAGCAGAUCAAGGUUUGGUUCCAGAACAGAAGAUGCAGGGACAAGCAGAAAAAUGAAGCUUCACGGCUUCAUGGUGUAAACAGGAAGCUGAUAGAAAUGAAUAAACUGCUGAUGGAGGAAAAUGAGAGGCUGCAAAAGCAAGUGUCACACCUCGUCUAUGAGAACACCUUUUUCCGCCAACAAACCCAGAAUAAUACAACACUUGCUACCACAGACCCGAGUUGCGAGUCAGUGAUAAUUAGUGGUCAACAUCAUCUUCUGACACCUCAGCAACCAAGAGAUGCAAGCCCAGCUGGACUUUUGUCCAUUGCAGAGGAGACUGUAGCAGAGUUUAUUUCAAAGGCCACUGGAACUGGAACUGCUGUGGAGUGGGUCCCAAUGCCUGGAAUGAAGCCUGGUCCUGAUUCCAUUGGAAUUGUUGCUAUUUCUCAUGGUUGCACUGGAGUGGCAGUACGUGCUUGUGGCCUAGUGAGUCUAGAACCUAAAAGAGUUGCUGAAAUUCUCAAAGAUCGAACCUCGUGGUUUCGUGAUUGCAGAUCUGUGAAUGUUCUAAAUAUGAUCUCCACUGCAAAUGGGGGAACAAUUGAACUGCUUUACAUGCAGUUGUAUGCACCAACAACUUUGGUACCAGCUCGUGACUUUUGGUUGCUACGUUACACAUCUCUUUUGGAGAAUGGUAGUCUUGUGAUAUGUGAAAGGUCACUUAACAACACUCAGAAUGGUCCUACUAUGCCCCCAGUGCAGCAUUUUGUUAGAGCAGAUAUGCUACCAAGCGGGUAUCUAAUUAGACCUUGUGAAGGAGGGGGAUCCAUUAUUCAUAUUGUUGAUCAUAUGGUUUUAGAGCCCUGGAGUGUACCUGAAGUUUUGCGCCCACUUUAUCAAUCACCAAUGCUGCUUGCUCAAAAGACAACUAUGGCGGCUUUACGUCAUUUGAGGCAGAUUUCUCAAGAAGUAUCACAGCCAAGUGUCACAGGAUGGGGAAGAAUGCCUGCUGCUCUACGAGCACUUAGUCAGAGAUUGAGCAAGGGCUUUAAUGAAGCUGUCAAUGGGUUUGCAGAUGAUGGCUGGUCCUUGUUAGAAAGCGAUGACAAUGAUGAUGUUAAGCUUCUUGUGAAUUCAUCUCCUGGCAAGAUAAUGGGAGGAAAUCUAGGUUAUAACAAUGGUUGCCCUUCUGUGAGUAGUUCCAUACUAUGUGCCAAAGCAUCCGUGUUCUUACAGGAUGUCCCUCCAGCAAUUCUUCUUAGAUUCUUGCGGGAGCACCGGUCACAAUGGGCAGAUAGUAGUAUUGAUGCUUACUCAGCUACUGCCAUUAAAACUGGUCCCUGCAGCUUGCCAGGGGCUAGAGCAGGAAGCUUUGGGGGUCAAGUUAUUCUUCCACUGGCUCACACAAUUGAGCAUGAAGAGUUCAUGGAGGUUAUUAAACUUGAAAACAUGGGGUACUGUCGAGAUGACAUGACUAUAACUGGUGAUAUUUUCCUCUUGCAACUUUGUAGAGGAGUUGAUGAGCAUGCAGUUGGCACCUGUGCAGAACUCAUUUUUGCUCCCAUGGAUGCAUCUUUCUCGGAUAAUAAUCCCAUGUUACCUUCUGGUUUUCGCAUCAUAUCUCUUGAUUCUAGCAUGGAUGCUACUAGUCCAAACCAUACACUUGAUCUUGCUUCUGCUCUUGAAGUUGGAACCACAGGAAACAAAACAUAUGGUGACAAUGCUGGUCAUUCUGAGAGCACAAAAUCUGUGAUGACAAUAGCAUUCCAGUUUGCAUUUGAAGCAAACCUUCAAGACAAUGUAACAACCAUGGCCCGGCAAUAUGUCCACAGCAUUAUUGCAUCUGUGCAGAAGGUUGCAUUAGUGAUUUCCCCUUCGCAUUUCGGUUCUAAGAAUUGUUUUCUUUCGCCACCUAGCACUCCUGAGGCACAAAUACUUGCUCGGUGGAUCUGUAACAGCUAUAGGUUCUAUCUAGGGGUAGAGCUGCAGAAGUGUGAAGGCAGUCACUCCAUUCUCAAAUCCCUUUGGCAUCAUUCAGAUGCAGUUAUGUGCUGCUCUUUAAAGUGGAUCCUCCAGGCAUUGCCAGUUUUUACAUUUGCAAAUCAAUCUGGACUUGAUAUGCUUGAGACAACGUUGGUUGAACUGCAAGACAUCACUUUGGACAAAAUUUUUGACGACCAAAGAAAGAAAACCCUGUGCUUUGAGUUACUUCAGAUUAUGCAACAGGGUUUUGUGUGGAUUCAAGGGGGUAUCUGCUUGUCCAGCAUGGGGAGGCCAGUGUCCUACGAGAGAGCAGUGGCAUGGAAAGUAUUAAACGAAGAAGAAACGGCACAUUGCAUCUGUUUCAUGUUCAUCAGCUGGUCAUUGAUCUGA